AUGUCGGCGAUCAACCGUGGUGCUCGCACAGUUUCCAGAUCUCUUCGGCGGCCCACGGCACUCCACUCGCGCGCUCUGCGUACCCCCCUCGCUAUUUCAAGAGCAUCUCUGCCAGCAUUAACCCACGCCCCAACCGCCAGACAAUUCUCCGUCAUGGCAGCCAGACAAUCCGGGGCUCCUCCCCCAUCUCAGGCUCGGGAAUACGAUCCCGAGAUCAAGGACAUUGCUAGCUACGUGCACAAUACACCCAUUAAUUCGGACCUUGCUUUCGACACGGCAAGAUUCGUCUUUCUCGAUACCCUAGGCUGUGGCCUCGAAGGUCUGCGGUUUAAGGAGUGCACCAAGCUCCUGGGCCCGAUUGUGGAGGGGACUGUGGUCCCCAAUGGUACAAAGGUCCCCGGAACACCCUUCCAACUCGACCCCGUCAAUGGCGCUUUCAAUAUUGGGACUAUGAUCAGAUGGUUGGACUACAAUGACUGCUGGCUGGCCGCAGAAUGGGGUCAUCCCUCGGACAACUUGGGCGCCAUUUUGGCUGUGGCCGACUGGAUCUCGCGCACGAACAGAGCGGGCGGGAACUUGGGCAAUGGAAAGGUCAUAACUGUCAAGGAGGUUUUAGAGGCUAUGAUCAAGGCCCAUGAGAUCCAGGGAUGCCUGGCCCUGCUGAAUUCGUACAACAAGGUCGGCUUGGACCAUGUUGUGCUUGUCAAGGUUGCCUCGGCUGCUGUGGUCUCCAAGAUGCUGGGUCUGUCCGAGAAGCAGACCGCUGAUGCGGUCUCCCAAGCCUGGGUUGAUGGCCAGAGCUUGCGGACAUACAGACACUCGCCCAACACCAUGUCCAGAAAGUCGUGGGCUGCCGGUGAUGCUUGCCAGCGUGCCGUCAACCUAGUCUUGAAGGUCAUGAAGGGCGAGCCUGGUGUUCCGACUGUUCUGUCUGCCGACGUUUGGGGUUUCUAUGAUGUACUGUUUAGGGGCAAUGCGUUUGAGUUCCAGCGCCCGUACGGUAGCUACGUUAUGGAGAAUGUUUUGUUCAAGGUCUCCUACCCAGCUGAAUUUCACUCCCAAACUGCGAUUGAAGCAGCCAAGCGCAUCCACAAGCAAUUGAAGGACCAAGGCAAGUCCGCGGCGGACAUCAAGGGUAUCGUCUGCCGCACACACGAAGCUUGCGUCCGCAUAAUAGACAAGCAAUUCAAGCCCAUGGAUAACUUUGCCGACCGCGACCAUUGUAUCCAAUACAUGGCGUCCGUCAUGCUCGUUUUUGGUCGUCUCGAAGCCACCGAUUACACGGAUGGGGGCGAGGCCGCUACAUCCCCUCUCGUCGAGUCUCUCCGCCAGAAGAUCAAGUGCGUUGAGGAUCCCCAAUUCACUGCGGACUAUCACAACGAGAAUAUGCGUACUAUCCCUAACGCAUUGACUGUCACACUUAACGAUGGCACUGUUCUCGAGGAAAUCGUGGUCGACGCUCCGCUUGGACACAGACUGAGAAGAGAGGAGGCCAAGCCAGAGAUCCUGGCUAAGUAUAAGAGACAUCUCGGGCCGCACUUUAGCGAGGCCAAGGUCCAGCAGUUAGUUGAUCUGGGCAAUGACGCGAAGAAGUUGGAGGCCAUGGCUAUAGACGAAUACGUGGAUUUGUACACUGUCCAGGACAGCAAGUUCCUAUAG